CAGCCUUGUCACUGUUUGCUUGUUCGCAGGUGUGUUCUCAUGGUGAUCCCACGUUGAGGGUGUUUGCUGCUGAAGCACUGACCACUCUUAUCAGAUCAGCACUGGAGACAACCUCUAAGCAGGACAUCAAACUCAUGAUGCUGUCUCCACUCAAGUAUUUGACUAAAAUCCCCUUCCCUGAUGUCAGACAAAAACAACUGGAGUGUGUUGCACAGGUGCUUCAGUCUACGCAGCAAAGCCUUCAGUCCAGCUGGCCCAUCCUUCUGGAUGUCAUCAGAUCAGCCACUGACUUGCAAAGUGAAUCACUGGUCCGCACCGGGUUUUCAAGUCUCCAGCUGGUGAUGGCUGACUUCCUCCCUACCCUACCCCCCUCCUGUGUUCCUGUCUGCGUCGAGGUUGGAGGUCAGUACGGCUUGCAGAAGAUGGAUAUCAACAUCCCAUUGACAUCUGUGGGACUGCUGUGGAAUAUGGCGGACUAUCUCUAUCAGAACCGGUCCUCUCUUCAAACCUCACUAGAGGCUCUCCGUUUCGACGCUGAUAAAACCAGGCAGACUGGUCAAGAGAACCAGACCCCCGUCUUGACGUUCUAUAAGACCCUGCAGAACCCUUCACUACCUGUGUUUGAUUCUGUUUGGUUGAUGCUUUUCAAGUGA